AUGAGGCUCUCUAUCUUGUGGUCUGCAUGUGUCCUGUCGGCUGCUGCUCAUUACGCAGUAGCGCAGGACACUGCUCCAGGAAGCGGGUCUUCUCAGGUUCCACCCUACACUGUUCUUACUUCCUACACUACUUCUAUGAUUCUCAUUACGUCUUAUAACUCUGUCGAUCCAGUGCAGAGCCCUGGUGCUCCCACAAACACCUUGCCCGGUACAGACGCGUCGCCUAGUCCCAGCACUAAUAUCAACACCAACUCGACGGUUAGCCCUAUCGAUGGCAGCUCUGCAAGUUCCACCUCGCAUUUAGUCAAUACCUCCGAUGGUGGUUUUAAUUCUAGUCUGCCGACACACACGUCUAUAUCUGGUGCUGUACCAACCAGUUCGCGUUCAACUUUGGACAACACCCCUGGCGAUAGCCCUAAUACCAGCCUGCCAACAUACACGCCCACUUCCACUUCCAUGCCAAGUGUUACUACUGCCAGUACAGCCAGUACAGGCACAAUAAUGCUACCGGAUGGUGUCAAUCCUCCACCCCAUACCACCUCAGGCCCUAGCAAUAUCGAUGAUGCUUUGGUCGGCAAUAUGCCGUCACGUAAGUUUGAUUCCAGCCUAUCCGCCAUCUCCACCGGAUAUGUCAACGUCAUUCCAAGCAUCAGGGCCUGGAUUUUGGACCCAAACCCCCCGGCCCCGACAGAUAUUAUCAAAUACAUCACUGGGCUUGAGGAUGAAGUGGGGGAUCUCAUCUCUGAAAUCGGCGGAUCCCUCGGCUGCCCUGCCAUGAAGAAGCGAGGCCUGAUGGACAAGAUAUUCAAGAUAGCAGCUGAAUCGGUAUUUGGUGCAUUGGGCUGCAUUUUGGAUAAUACAAAGAAUCUGAAGAAUUCUGUUACAAAAAAGAACAAGAAGGGGGCCAAGAAGUUUGUGAAGGAUCUGCUUGAUGAGGACUUGCCUGAUUCAGAAGACGAGGGCGACGACGGCGGUGACAGCGGCGGCGGAGGUGGUGGUGGCGGCGGUGGUAAGGACGAUGUCAAGGACGACAAGGAUGAUGACAAGGACGAUGACAAGGACGAUGACAAGGACGAUGACAAGGACGAUGACAAGGACGAUGACAAGGACGAUGACAAGGACGAUGACAAGGACGAUGACAAGGACGAUGACAAGGACGAUGACAAGGACGAUGACAAGGACGAUGACAAGGACGAUGACAAGGACGAUGACAAGGACGAUGACAAGGACGAUGACAAGGACGAUGACAAGGACGAUGACAAGGACGAUGACAAGGACGAUGACAAGGACGAUGACAAGGACGAUGACAAGGACAAGGACAAGGGCAAAGACAAUACUACUACCACCAAGUCCCAGACUACCACCGAAUCCAAGUCGACUACAUCCUCGACAUCCUCGACAUCCUCGACAUCCUCGUCGUCGACCUGUACUUCUGGUGCGACUGCACACAGAGUGACGGUGGAGUGUAAAUCAACUUUAACCACUGCAGGUGGUUCUACAUUGACAACCUUGACGUGCUCCCCGACAACGACUGUCACAACUACCGGGUGCUCCGUCACUGACACUACUACGACUACUACUGUAACUCCAACCCCGACUUCAGAACUGUGUUCACCAGAGAAAUGUGGCAGCGACGUAUGUCAUGGCAAAGCAGGUGGUGGCUGGGUGUCCCUCUCAUCAGUGGACUGUGCACAUCUCUCAACGUCCACAGCAGCCAAUUUCCCUGUCAAGAGUGGAAUAUCCGUCACCAUGGGCAAUUCAGGUGCGGCGCACAAGCGGGACAAUGAGAUGAAGCGGGCCGAUACCGAUCCCCUGGCUGAUGGCGGGAAUCCAGAAGCACACCUGAGGGAGCUCAAUCAAAAGAUAGGCAGCUCGCGCCAAUGGCUUUUCUUCGAGGAGCCGACAACCGGAAAGUGGUACCCAUUCCCUAAGGAAGUGACAGCCAUGGGUGUGAAGGGGCUUUGGGGCUGCACUGCGGUGGCCAUUAUAUCCAGGAAGGGGACAUACAUCUCUCAUAUCUAUGAAGACGGGGUCUUUAAAAAGCGCACGAAUGAAGGUAUUGUCGAUACACCCGAUGCCUGGUUCGAUAAGUGGACAGUGGAAGCACUGUGGUGGGGUGGUGAUGAAUACUUUGACGUUGAGGCACUCAAGCCCUUGGUGGGAACAAAAGACCAGCCCGGCCCUCUUCACCCAUCCUUCAAGCCGCAGAUCUUUAUUGCUACACCAUUCCAUGAAGGUGUAGCUCAGGGGCCUCUCCAAUACCCGCAGCGAGCCGACAGGAUAGGCUCUGGAUUGGCGAAGUAUAUCUACCAAGAAACAGGACAGCCUCAGGAUGGAACACCACCCUGGAUAGUCUCAGGAUACGAAGUCACAGGCCGCGAACCAUCUAACAGUGACGACUCGGGCGCCGGCAAGCUUGUCGUCGAAGCCACACAGGUCCACCGUAUCCAGCAAAUUGGAAAUCAGCAACUAGCCAUCGGUAGUUGGCGGUUGUGGGUUGGUGGACGGUUCAUCGUCAGUUUGGAGUUCUGGGACCCAGGUUCUUUAUCCCAUAAUCAACGACGAGAUUCCAAGGCUCAGGAUAUAUGCCCGCUCAAAACAUCGUCUCACAGCACGUUCGCCACCUCCACGAAGUCUUCAACUACGUCGAAGACUGCCUCGCCAACUACUUCGAAAGCUAGCUCGAAAACUACCUCGAAAACCAGCUCGUCAACUACCCCCCAUGCCACCUCGAAGACCACCUCGAAGACUCAGACUGCGAACACUGCCACCCAAACCCAAACCCAAGCUAAGCCCACCAACGUAUGCUUGGCGGGCAAGGAUUACAUCCCCGUGGAACAUGACCAGGGCAAGAUAGAAGCUAUAGCAAAGAAGUGCAAGGACUCCUUGAAAAACAAAAGGCUAUUUCACGCCGGUGACGACACCAUCAAAUGGGGUCCUAUUGCGCACGGAAAGACUCAUUACUACGCCUUCGUCGCUUGGAGAGAUGGCUGCAAGGGCCCGGCUCAGGAUCCGUGGUCGCCGAAGAAAGGGUAUGACUGUGAAACAAUCUUGAAAGAAAACUUUGACUUCGAGUGGUGCGAGAAGGGACAGAGUGAUGAUGGAGAAGGCACCCCUUCUUGGGGCUUGCCCUACGGAGGUUACACCGAUAUAGGGUGCCUGACCUAUCGUUCCUGGCAUACUGAUGGCGGCAGAAAGAUGAAAUUCCGGUAG